AUGGAGGAAAGCGGAGACGAGGCAAGCCUGGCCUGGCGCCCAUCCGACACCGAGGCUCCGGGUGAACCUGCGGAGCAGGAGCCGGAGCCGGAGGAGGAGGGGGAGGGCGAAGGGGAGAAGGAGGAAGAGGAGGAGGAGGAGGACAAGGAGAAGGAGAAGGAGGCGGCAGAGGCCCCAGAGCGAGGCGCCCCCGCGGACGAGCAGGCCGAGGCCGCGGAAGGGCCGGAGGCCCCGGAGGCAGCGGGCGAGGAGGGGCCCCUGGAGCCGGGGAGGCUGUCCACGGUCGGGGCUGAGGAGCCGGCCAAGCGGGCAUCGGAGGCCCGGCCCGAGGCGGCGGAGGCUGCGCCCGGGCCGCCGGCCGAGGCGGCGAUGGCGCGGGCGGGCGCCGACUACGAGGACCUGGAGUGGUCGGCCGAGGUGCAGCAGCAGCAGGAGCGCCAGCUGCGCAGCGAGCUCCUGGAGCAGUACCGCGCGCUGCUGGCCGAGCGCGGCCGCUACCAGCGCUACAACCUGUGCCUGCAGCACCGCAUCGCCGAGGCGCUGCGCAGGAAGAAGGGGCUGGAGGCGGGCGAGGCGCCCGACAGGGCCGCGGAGGCCGAGGCGCCCGAGAAGGAGCGCGCGUACGUGCGGCACCUGGCCGCGCUGGAGGAGCUGCGGAAGCAGGAGGCCGACGACCUGGAGUGGUACCGCCAGGAGCUGGCGCAGCUGCAGCAGCAGGCCGGCGAGAAGCUGGCCAGGGCGGAGCGCGAGUGGCGCCGCUUCCAGGCGCUCAAGCGGCAGGUGGUGCUGCAGGCCAUGGGCAGCGGGCGGCUGCGGGGCGGCCGCCAGGCGGCCGUGCGCGAGGUGGAGCAGCUGCAGGCGCUGGAGGAGAGGAAGGAGUGCGAGGUGCGCGCCGUGCGCCUGGAGAACGUGCAGCUGCGGCAGAGCCUGGCGCACUUCGAGACGCGCAUGCGGGCGCAGGAGAGCCUGGCCGAGGGCCUGCUGCUCAUCGACUUCGAGCAGCUCAAGAUCGAGAACCAGACGUUCAGCGAGAAGGUGGAGGAGCGCAGCGAGGAGCUGCUGAGGCUGCAGGGCAAGGUGACCAGCCACGUGCAGGUCGUCACGCACGUGCGAGAGAAGCUGCACUUCGUGGACACGGAGAACGCCUGCAAGAAGGCGCAGCUGCUGGAGAUCGAGGCCCAGGUGGCCCAGGGCAGGGACGUCCUGACCAAGACCAAGCAGGCCCGCGACAGCCUGCGCGUGGACAACGUCAAGCUGAGCCAGAGGUGCGGGCUGCUGGGCAAGGAGGCGCUGCUCCGCGACCUGGAGGAGAAGGCGGACAGGACGGCGGCGCUCACCCAGCGCCUGGAGGCCCUGCAGCGCCACCACGCCGGGCUCCUCUUGUCCUGCAAGGGCGUCAAGCAGAAGAUCAGGGAGGCCAAGGCCUUCCUGCCGUCCUGACGCCCCCGCGCUGGUGCGUGUCCAGUCCCUGUUCAACUCCGGCGCCCGCCCGCGGCUGAACGACCCUGCGAUUCCAACCGCGUGCGCCAGGGGGCGCCGUUCCCCUUCCACACGGAGGGCUGACGUCAAACCAGUGCCCCUGCCUUAGGCUGACGAUUAAAAACCUCACCGUGGGUACCGAGCCGUGUGGUGUUGGUCACUGCUCCUACUCCACCAGGUGCAGGUGCCCCCAGGUAACUGGCACUCUCCUAACCCUUGAGCCAGGAGUCUCCCACGCAGGUGCAGGGGCCCAGGAACUUGGGCCAUCUUCUACUGCUUUCCCAGGCCACAGCAGAGAGCUGGAUCAGAAGUGGAGCAGCCGGGACUCGAACCAGCGCCCAUAUGGGACGCCAGCACUGCGGGCGGCAGCUUUACCCACUACACCACAGUGCCGGCUCCCCCAGCCAGCCCAGGCCCAGGGACUAACUUGGAGCUGGGUGCUGGGCUCCAUUUCUUC